UUAGUGUAAUGUUAUUUAAUUUGCAGGAACACUGAUAUCUAUUUUAGAAACAUGUUAUUAAAUUAAAGUGCGCCGUCUCUCUCUGCUCUCCAAUCCUACAUUUCAUGCCAGAGAAGCGGGACCCUCGGAACUACAUUUCCCAUACUGCCCCGGGUGACAGGCGACUGAUGACCCGGCUGUUCCGCAGCUACGUGGCCUUCCUGAGAGAGACUUGGAGACAGAAACGACAUGGAGCUGGAGGCAAUGACUCGAUACACCAGCCCGGUGAACCCGGCUGUCUUCCCUCACCUCACCGUGGUGUUGCUCGCCAUCGGCAUGUUCUUCACCGCCUGGUUCUUCGUCUAUGAGGUGACCUCCACCAAGUACACUCGUGAUAUCUACAAGGAGCUGCUCAUCUCGCUGGUCGCCUCGGUCUUCAUGGGCUUCGGGGUGCUCUUCCUGCUGCUGUGGGUCGGCAUCUACGUCUGAGGCAUGCUGAGAGAAAAGGGGAGGGGCUACACACCACAGCAACAUUCCAGGGGCGUGGACUUCAACAUUGCCAUGGCAACGCAGGCAUUUCUUAUUGCAACUGUUUUUCACAGAUUCUGUACAAACUGAGCACUGACCUGGGGAGGGGAGGGGAGCCAUCCACCGAAUAAACACAAGAUUUUUUCAUAGGAAA